AUGACGACGGCGCGGCGGACAGAGCAGGAGGAGCUGGAGGCGGCGCUCGCGCUCUCCCUCCAGCAGCAGUCGCCGAGGCAGGACGACGACGACGAGCUCCGUCGUGCGCUCGCGCUCUCUCUCGCAACAGAGAGCGCGAGCGGCGGCUGUGCCGUCGGUGGUGGGGCUGCCGACUCGGCGACGGCGGCGCUGCUCGCCGUCAUAUUUGGCGAGACGUCUCCUGCCGUUGCGCAGCAGUGGCUCGGGCAGGGCAUCAGUUUUGCUGCGGCGCCGGCCGCCUCCGGGGACGGCGACGCACCCGCCUUCACGGCCGGCCUCGCGCAGAACCAAGGCGGGCCGUGUGCGGUGCUCGCCGCGGCGCAGGCGCGAGCCUUCACGCUGCGCCGGCUGCUCUUUGACCCGGAGCCGCGCGCGCGCAAGCUGCAGGGCGCGCAGUCGUGGCUCGGAGAGGCGAGCGAGGAGGCUCUGGCGGCGCCGUCCGAGGCGGCGGCCGAGGCGCUGCCCUGCGGGCUCACAGAUAUUUGGUGGCAGGCCGCCGUCGCGCCCAGCGGCGCCGAGGGCGUGCCGCCGCCGCGAGGCGUCUCCGUCGUGGCGCUGGCGGAGGAGGCGGCAGAGGCUGCUUCAGAGGCUGCAGACCCGCCGCCGCUGCACGAAGCGGUCGGUGCCAUCGCGGGCGCGGCGGCGGAGGCGCGGAGCUGGGAGGAGACGCGGGCGCUGCUCUCCGCGCGCGCGUCUCGGCUGCGGGGCGGGAGCGGUGCGCUCGGCUUCCUCUGCUCGGUCUUGCUCACGCGCGGGCUGGCUCUGGUGGCGGCGGAGCGCGACGACGGCGAGGCGCCGCUGCUCGACCCGACCUUUGGCCAUUGCGCGCAGGAGGCUCUCAGCCUGAUGCUGACCGGCGCAGCGGCGCAGCGCCUCUUGGAACGGAGAGAGGAGCCCGGGGGGCGGAGCCUGUCUCCCGGACCCGCCUGCGGAGCCGCCGUAGGUCGCCCACCUAUUCGACGGAGAGAGGAACCUCGGCGGCGGCUUCGUGCUGCGCGGCAUCCGCGCGACGCCGCCCGUCGGCCUUCUCUCUGAGCUAGAGGCGCUGCGCUACGUCGAGGUUGGGUCGCGGCUCAAGUGCCCCUCGAGCCCGAUCUGGGUGGUCGCGUCACAGACGCACUACUCCAUCCUCUUUGCCACCUCGGCCUCCGCCGCCGCGCCGUCCGCACUCGAGGCGCUCGAAGAGGAGCUGCAGCGCCGGUUCGCAGAGUUCGACGGGGACGGGCAAGGCUUCGUCUCGAUCGAGGCGCUGCGCCCGCUCGUCUCCUCCCUCCCGCCAGAGUACAGCGGCGUGCUGCCGGACUACGACACGCUGCGCAAGGAGGUGGACCCCGACUCGCUCCUCAUCGUGACGUGGGACGCCUUCCAGCGCGCGACGCUGCCGCGCCACCCAAAGGCGUCCGCCCUCCUCGCCGCUGCCACGGCGGCGGCGGCCGCCGUGCCUCUGCCCACCGCCGACGCCGACGCCGCAGCCGCAGCGGCCGCCGUGGUUGGCGCCGAGGCUGCGCGAGCGGCGGCGGAAGCGGCGGUCCGGGAGGAGGCGGCGGCGGCCGCGGCAGCGGCCGCCGCUGCCGCCGGCGGUAUAGUGACGCUCUUCCAUUAUAACGGCCUCUCGUCGCGUGGCCACGAGCACAAGCGCUGCCUGACGCGCGUGUCGCUCACGCCGGGCGGCGCGCGCGGAGUGCCGCUCGAGCCGCGCGGGCUGGCGGCGGUGCUGAGUACGCGGUGGAAGGACGCGGCGGUCGCGUGGGAGGGGGCGGAGCCCUCCAUCUGCUAGCAUGCCUCGUGCAGAAUGUGGCCAGCCCACCGCGGGCCCGCCUGGUGCGUGCAGUAGCCACAUGCCGCGCGGUGCCGGUGGGCCUCGUGCGCCCCAUCCCGUGCGCCCCAGUAUGUGUGCGCAUGCGCUGCGGCCGCAGCGCAUGCGCUUGCGCACACACACAGCGGGGAAUUGUGGGGGAGCUGGGAGGGGUUAAGCGUCAACAUCAAGAGCAAGAGUGAAGAGAGCGGGGAGGCCCAGGUUCAUGUGUGUGUGUGGCGGUGUGCUCGUCUCUCGACUUUGUCGCGCGCCUCCUCUCUUCUACCAACCGGAUAAAACGGAC